UUUUGACUCCAUAGGUGACUUCCUUACGCCGGUGGCAGGCUCUUGUGUCCUCAGGUGUUUCCUUGCUACUUUUCCGGAUCGAGCCUAUUGUUUUUCGAAAAAAAGGAGAAAUCAAGAUCAUCAUCAUCAAGAUAUAACUGAUUCCAAAAUGAAAACGAAAGCCGGCGACGUCGAGUAGAACAAGAACGGCCGCCGGGACGAGCUGCUAGCUCCACGACCUGCAGCAAUGUCGGAUGUUGGACAUCAAACUACGUCUAAAACUGGCGCAGGUGCAUUCUUGCAGCCCACAGCACUGCAAGUAGAAGUCGCAGGAGGGGAGAAACAUGCAGCUGCUCGUCGCGGCCCCUUUUUGUCGCCGGCGACACCUGCUGUAUCUUGUUCGCCACCAUCUUCGCAACUACCGGCGCGUCGGAAGAGAUUACUGAUUUUCACCUGGGAACAGAGCUUGCACCACGCUCCAGAAGACUUCUUCUGGACCUUCGUGCCGCAGUAUCCAAGAAAAAAACAUUGUAGGUGUAACUUUUUUGGAGGAACAGCAUUACAAAUCUGUCUGGCAUGGCAGCAGAAACCUGUCAUGCGCAGAUAGUACGUGAAAACUCCCUUUAAUGGACCCUGCAAUGCAUGCCAGGCAUGACAGACGCAAUCAUCUUGCAUGUUGCGCAUCACAAAUUUACACUAACAGCGUUUUUUUCUUGCAUACGCAGUACACAAAGGACGAAGCGUUGUCAGUGCACCGGAUUCACCACGUGCUCGCCCGCCCGCUGUUGAUGCCCCGAGAGUUUCGUCUACGAAGACCAACUAUCAAAAGCAAAAAUGUCUGGGUCUGGAAGAGUCAUGCUGUUUUUGCAUGACGCAGAAGGUCUGGCAUGGAAGCUCUAGCGUCACAGGUAAUAUCGAGAAGCAAGCUUCCGCAAUGCCGAAUCCGCAUGACAAAUUCCCCAUUUUGGUGACAGAAAGUGGGGAGCUUUUGCUACCUAUGCAUGAGAGAUCUUUCUGUGUUCUGAAAUGCGCAUCACAAGUUUGUAUUCUUCCAGACCGGGCAUUUUUGCAUUUGAUACCAACCGAAGAUGAACACAGCACCAUCGUCGCCAUGCGGAAAGUGUAUACGCGCGCGGUGCAAGCGAAGAUGCAUUUGGAAGACCUUGCGCAAGAAGAAGCAUCGGGAUCAAGUGGCCGUUGUACUAGCGCAACAGACACCCCAGCCGUUCCUGGUUCUGGACGUCAAGAUCGUCCUAGAAGUUUUUAUCUCCCUGGCUGUCUCCGGUGCGCAGAGCCAACCGAGGGAAUUUGCGAGACGUGCAAAAAGCCGAGCCGUCCGGUGUGCUACGAGUGUCAGAAGGAAUGCAGAAGUUGCGGGGAAGUUGAGAAGCUAGAGGACGGGAGGUUCAAAAAAUGCGGUGCGAAAGAUGAUCGCUGAACAAAUUACUACACAAGCAAUUUCCACCCUCUAGUGCGCACACAACGUCGUGGAGGUAGAACGAGAAGUCUUGAGCUAGAACUUGAUAAAAAGAGGAAGGCCUCCACUUGAGUAUAUCUUCGUGCUGCUGCUGUUGCAUCACCAUGCCCACGAUGGAAAUUGUGAUCCCCUUCUAUGCUGUUGCUGCUCUAACAAGCACGCAGACACAUGCCUUAUAAUGGCAUGUAAUGAAAUAUUAAUCUCGUCGUACUGAACAACGUCACAUCUGUCAUCUUUUUAUCGAUGAGCCGUGCACAUAUAUUGGACGACGUCUGCGUCGAGAGGGAAUG